CGGUUACCAUGGUAAUAGCUGAUCACACGACUAGUUGGCUAACUACUAGCUAGCUAGCCAUGGGCGUCGACAAUUUCAAGAUGGCACUUUGAUGAUGGGCUGAAGGAUACAACUGCUUACUAACUGACCAAAUGAGAUAACAGCACAGCAGCAAUGUCUUCCUUAGAAAAGGAAAUUACUGACCUUCAUUUAAGCCUUGAUUGUGGUGAUAAUGCUGUGAAAACACAUACCCCGCACAUUCUACCAGAGUGUGUUGGACCUAUACAGAUCACUGAGUAUGUCACAUCUGACACCCAAUAUUUCAGCAGAAGAAACUUCAAAUAUGUUGUGGAUUGCAUUUUGAAGAACACUACUUUAAAGAAUUUGUAUCUUGAAGGUAAUGAAAUAUCCAGGCUUCCGGAUACGCUGUUCACCAGUUUGUCAAACUUGGUGUGGUUAGAUCUCAGAAAUAACCAAAUCACAGCCCUUCCUGCAAAAAUUGGUCUACACAGAUGUCUGAAAACGUUGCUGCUAGAAGGGAAUCCUAUCACAGAGCUUCCACUGGAAUUGGGUAACGUGAUUACUCUCAAGGCCCUGAGUUUGAGGCAUUGCCCCAUCACGUUUCCACCUCAAGAGGUUGUGGGGCAGGGCCUCCAAUGCAUCCUACAGUACCUACGGAGUGCCAUGGCCGAACGACCGGUUAGUGUGCGGAACUCUCUUCCAGACAUGCCCCCAGUGGAGAAGCUACAGUUGACAGAGCUUGUAAAGUCCAGUUUGGACCUUUGUGAAGAGGUGGUGGAUGAAGAUGAACUGCAGAGGUUCAGAGAGCUGAGGCAGAAGAUGAGCCAAAUGGACAGAGCUGAGUUGGGCUAUGCCCUCCCUAUUUCACGCCUCCCUAGAGCAGCAGAGGGUGAUAGAGGCCACAAGACAUACCCUCUGCCCGUCAUUAAAAGAAAGAAAGAGAUUACCAGGGGAAAUAUAUUUCCCGAGCUCCCUCCCUUUGACAUGCAGUACUGGAAGAGGUCAGAGGAGAGAAGACUGGCUGCAAUGAAAGAGCUUAAAGAAAAACAAGCCAUUCUUGAACAAAGGAGGAAAGACCAAGAGCUCCUCAAGGAAUGGCGUACUCAUGCUAGGGUCAUGCAGGAGAGGAAAAUCUUAGAGCACAAGCAGGAAAGGCGUGAGAGACAUAGAAGAGAAGAGACGUUGAAAAAGAUAGCGUCAGGCUGCGCAGACACUCAGUUGAGGCUGUCCAGGUCAGGGGCAGCGACAGGCCUAGCUAACGAUGGAUCACUGUGCCUCCAGUGUGCCGAGUCAGUCAUCCUGCAGUCAGAUGUCCCCAGCGAGGCUGCACCACAGCUGGUACCGAUAAAUGCUCCAUACGCCACAGAGUCUCUGUGUAGUGUUGUUGAAAGUGGUGAGGUCAAGACCCACAACCCCCCACCAAAGAGGAUCCAGAGACAGAGAUCGUUCCUGUCCCAGAAGGAACACGAGGAAGCCAGGGCAGCCCGCGACCGGGAGUUAGAGCAGCGGAUCAGGAGCCAUGUUCAGAUGAUCCAGGAGAGGCGCAGGAGGCCCAGUGGCACUGCCCAAGAGGAGACAGAAGCUGCAAGGCAGGACAUGGAGGAAGCCAAGAGAUUGCAGUCGGAACUUGCUGAGAGGAAACAGGAGAGCGACAUCGAGUAUCGAUUCAUCGCAUUUACUGGGGAGAACUCACCAAGAUGCUAUGACAAGUGAAAGUAUUUGUGUGUGUAGACCUACUGCCAUUUAGAAUUAUUGCCGUAUUAAAUGAAUUGACAUUGUAUGCAAAGAAGUCGUACAGGACAGGGUAGUAUGGAAUUACAGCACUCUACAAACAGUUUACAAUGGCAUCCGAUACCCAUUCAUCAAUAAACAUUUCAGCCUGUUACACGCA